AUGAAAGAUGCCCUGCGCCCAACCGACGAUCAAUUCCACCAAGUCCUCCAGGAGAACUUCCAGCCUCUCGUUAGCCAAAUCCCGCCGUUCCUCGGCGCCGGUGUUUCCUUCGACGAGAGGGCGUCGUUCGCCUGUGAGACUAAAGCGAAAGGUUGUCUUGUCGUAAAUGGCCGAUCAACGUGGAGGACUUCUAAGGGACCUUGUGACCUGCCGUCGAGGGUCUUGCCGAAGCAAAUUUCCCUAGCAGUGGGCAGCCCAUUGCCUGUUCGUCUGUCGGAGGAUUCUCCCUUCUCGGACUGGCCUGGAGUCUGCGGUUUGUCGCACUACGAUAAGGGGAACUAUUUGUCGGUUCUUUACCUUGCGUGGGCCUAUAUCUUCUCUGCUCGAUGGGUCGAGUUGCUGAAUUGGUCGGCUGGCCACGAGUGUUGUAUCAGAUAUACUGCGCAGGGGGUUGAGAGACUACUGCCCAAGGAGAAGCGUUCCGUGACCCAAAUUGAUAUCGGCGACGACGCUUGUGAAGACGAAGUUCUCUGGUGGCGCAAUACUCUGUCUGAUGACGGUUGGGAGGCGACCACUACGUACAACGACCAAGUCUACCUGUCGCCAUGGUCCGUAUCGACCAAGGACAUAGGGAUUUCCCCAGCCCUAUCUACAAAUCCUUUCCAGGACACCAAGGCUAGAUCCGACCCGCCACUAUCAACAACCGCCCUCAACUACCUCUCUCGCUUCUGCGUGCGCCAUCGUCUAUAUGCCCAAUGCUCAGCCGCCCUCGCCGCCGUCCUUUACAUCCCAUUUCUAACCGGGCGAACAGUCUCGCUCCCAUUCCCAAAACCGCCCCCGGACCGACCAGAGUGUACUGACGACUUCCCCCCUCCUAUCCCCGACCUCCUCACCUCCCACCACGCCCUGCUCCCCAAAUACAUGACCCUGAGCUCCAACACAUGGGGUCUGCGUUCCCUUCUCCACAGCACGUUCUUCAACCCCUCCAUCGAAUGCAACCUCGUCAGCGCAUGGCUGAACCCCGCGUUCGCGGUCCUCGAUUCCAUCUCCCACGAUAAAACCUCCCUAUCCAAAUUCCUAGCAACCAGAUCCCCUCGACUCGGAAUCCUCUGGCUCGGCGCCAUCCUCACCGGUCUGGAUGCUUCCAUCCUGCGCGAUACCCGAACGGGACUCUCUGCUCUCGACCUCGCGGCUUCAGCCUGGACACAGACAAGCCAGACAUUCCUGACUUCUGGAAUCGGAGAUACGAAACAUAGCGAAUCGAUAAAUCGAGCCGACGAAUGUCGCCUCUUAUUCAUCUCCGCGUUCGAAAGGAACCAUUCCCGCCCCCCUGUGUGGGCGUGGACGCCCUUUGGAGAAACUCGGCUCUGCGAUGCAGAGAUAUCAGUGAGGAAGCAUACUCAAUGCCCUUAUGACACUCAUUGUUUAGAAUACGAAUCCUGGGAAUGGAUGCUAGACAGCGGACGGACGACACCCGCUGCGCUUUGCGAUUACAAAUAUGACUUCCUCUCACAGGACCUGUCGGAAUGUGCGACGCGCGGAAUCUUCGGGUGGUUAAGGUCGGCGGGAUACCCGGCCUCCGAAAGACGGAUUUACCAGCAUGAGUGGAUUGAUUUAGAGGAUACGGACGAAGAAGGAGAGGAUGAGGAUGAGGAUGUGAGGACUGAUGGGGGGAGGGAGGGGGGUUCGAUACUAGAGAGGGAUGUUGGGUGUUGGGUUGAUGGUAUUGCACAGUAGUUCUAUCGGAUCAUUUCGUGAGGGGGAUGUGAUUGUGAACAUUCAGAUACUUUUAUAUAUUGAAGAGAGAAUAAAGCGAGAAGAUAGAAUGCAAAGC